AUGGAAUUGUUCGAGGAUAUGUUCGUUGGAUAUAUCAUGGUGAAUAUAAACCCCAAUAAAAGAAGUAAAAUUGAUUUAGGAGAUGACAACAACAAUGAUAUUUUGAGGAUGAUUUAUGAAAAAAGUGGGCCUGCCUUAUUCAACGAUGAUUUAGAUGAGAACUUUAAUGAUGAACAACAAUUUUCUGAGCCAAUCAAUGAUGAAUACAAUAAAGAUUCAAAGGAGGCAAGAAUUUUUGACAAUUUAAUGAGAGAUGCUGAACAAGCUUUAUACCCUGGAUGUGAGAAAUUCUCAAAAUUGUCAUUUAUUUUAAAGUUGUUCCAAAUUAAGUGUAUGGAUGGAAUGACUAAUAAAGCUUUCACUAGUAUGCUUAAAAUGUACAAGGAUGUUUUACCUGAAGGUGCACAUGUGCCAUUAAAUUAUUAUGAAGCACGAAAGAUGAUUACUGAUUUGGGCUUUGAUUAUGAGAAGAUAGAAGCAUGUGAAAAUGAUUGCAUGCUUUUUUGGAAAGAUGAUGCUAGCCUUGAAAAUUGUAGAAUAUGUGAUACAAAGCGUAAUAGAGCUUCUCCGAAAAUACUACGUUAUUUUCCACUAAAACCAAGGUUACAGAAGUUGUUUAUGUCAUCUAAAACAGCGAAUGACAUGAGAUGGCAUUUUGAAAUUAGAGUUGAAGAAGAUGGAGUCCUUAAACAUCCAGCAGACGGUAAAUGUUGGAAGCAAUUUGAUGAGAAUCAUCGUUCUUUUUCUGCAGAUUGUCGAAAUGUAAGGUUAGGUUUAGCAAGUGAUGGGUUUAAUCCUUUUGGCGGACUAAGGAGUGAUUACAGUAUUUGGCCUGUAGUAGUUGUGGUGUAUAAUCUUCCGCCAAGGAUGUGUAUGAAGCAACCUUACACUAUACUAUCUUUAUUGAUUCCAGGAAAAAGUGGGCCCGGAAAUAAUCUUGAUGUAUACUUGCAACCAUUAAUUAAGGAGUUGAAGGAUUUGUGGGAUUAUGGGGAGAGGACUUAUGAUGCAUCAAAAAAUGAAUAUUUUCAGAUGCAUACCGCGUUAUUAUGGACCAUUAACGACUUUCCUGCUUAUGCAAACUUGUCAGGAUGGUCUACCAAGGGUUAUAAGGCAUGUCCAUGUUGUUUGAGUGAAACUUCUUCUAUGCGGCUCCCUAAUAAUAAAAAAUGUUGUUAUAUGGACUAUCGUCGCUUCCUGCCUACUGACCAUAAAUGGAGAGAUAGUAAAUCUUUUAAUGGGAAAGUAGAAAGAAGAGGCCCUCCUAGACAGUUGUCUGGUGAUGAAAUUUUGGUUGAGGUAAGUGGCCUUGAUGGCAUGAAAUUUGGAAAAUCUGUAACACUUCCAAAGAGAAAUGAUAAUUGGAAGAAGAAAAGUAUUUUUUUUGAAUUGCCAUAUUGGAGUACACUUUUACUUCGUCACAACCUUGAUGUCAUGCAUAUUGAAAAAAAUGUGUGCGAUAAUAUUCUUUGUACAUUGCUUGAUAUUGAGGGGAUGUCAAAGGAUACCUUAAAGGCUAGACAUGAUUUGAAGUGUGUUAAUGUGAUGAAGCAUCUUGCUCCUAAGUUGGUCAAUGACAAAUGGCACAUUCCUCCGGCACCUUACACAUUGUCUAAGACUCAGAAGCAAAAGUUGUGUAAGUUUUUGGAGGACAUCAAAGUUCCAGAUGGAUAUUCGUCUAAUAUCUCAAAGUGCAUAAAUCUUGAAAAGCGUAAGAUAUCAGGUCUUAAAUCCCAUGAUUGUCAUGUGCUUAUGGAACAAUUAUUGCCACUUGCAAUCCGUGGGGUAUCAUCUGCCAAAGUAUAUGGGGUGAUAGUUAAUUAA